GUUGCUAGGUAACUAGAUCUCCCAUCGCCUCCUGAACACAUCCUCCUGAGCUGCCGCUCGUCAGCCUCCAGCCGUCUUCGCCUGAGUCUCUCAGACACCCACCCUCUGUGGGACCUUGAAGAGCAGGAGGAAGGGAAAAGCAGGAGCUCAGCCACCACUGCAGACCCACCUGCGGCUCCACCACCCACUGUUUUCUGUGAAGAUUCAGCUGCCUGGGCCAGCGGGUCACCACCACCAUGAGUCUGGGCAUCAUGGAGGAGGAGGAUCUGGCCGAGUACUUCCGGCUGCAGUAUGGGGAGCGGCUGCUACAACUGCUGCAGAAGUUCCCCACCAGUGAGGAGCAGUGGGAGUCCCCAUCCAUCCAGCUGCUGGAGAAGAAAAAGGAGGCCAAGAUCAUGCACCAGGCUAUGGAGCAGAAGAAGAAGAUAUUUCAGCGCAGAAUGGAAAGCUUGAACCUGUGCUGGGAGGAACUGGGCGUCAAGGAGGCCCAGCUGAAGGCCCAUAUCCAGAAGUUUGAGCAAUUCAUCCAGGAGAACGACCAGAAACGGAUCCGCGCCCUGAAGAAAGCCCACAAGGAGCAGGAGCUCAAGAGGCAGCGCUUGCGCGAGCUGGCCAAGGCCAAGCAGGAGAUCGUGGCCCUGCGGCUGGAGCUCCAGCAGCUGAGCACCAAGCUGCAGGACUACUCCAUCUUCAACAAGUUCCUGGAGAAGGUGGUGGAGAACUCCGAGUUCGAAGAGAUCCACGAGGUGAUCGCUCGCUACAAGACGCUCGUGAGCAUGCACCACGACCUCAUGCAGUCGGCGCAGGAGGGCCAGGAGAAGAUCGAGCGCGCCAAGGCGCGGCUGGCGCGCUACAUGGAGGAGAAGGACGACGAGACCCUGCAGCACAACAACGAGCUGGCGCGCCUGCAGAUGCGCUUCGACCGCGCCCGCAGCGACGUCAUCGUCUGGGAAUCUCGCUGGGCGCACAUCCAGAACACUGCCGCCAAGAAGACCCUCUUGCUUGGCACCAUUAAGAUGGCAACGCUGAACCUCUUCCAGAUCGUGAGCAAGCAGCUGAAGGAGUCGACCCAUGUGUCCCUGGAGGACACGCACAAACAGCUGGACAUGAUCCAGCAGUUUAUCCAAGACCUGUCAGACAUCUGGGCAGAGGUGAAGAAGAAGGAGCCACAGUCAAUUCGGGUUUAAGGAGCAGCGAUGGCUGCAGAAUGUUCUGAGAGGGACUGAGAGAGAAUAAGUUCCUGGUAAGCUUACAGUCCAGUUAGCCCAGCCCAGCCCUCUGGGACCCCUGUGCCUUUCUGCUGGUGAACACCCUGGCAUUUUGCCUCUUGGGUUUGGUCCAUCCCAUCCCUGAAAACAUUAAAUUCUAUAAGAAGUUUGUUCCUAA